AUGAACAACCUUUGCUUCAUUCUUCUCUGCGUCUGUUUCAGUAAACUUUCAUCUGCAGCUGAUACCCUUUCUUCAUCUCAGAACAUCACUGAUGGCAACUCCUCCUUGGUUUCCCCAGGUGGAGUGUUUGAACUGGGUUUCUUCACCCCAGGCCUUUCCAAAUCCCGCUACUUGGGGAUUUGGUACAAGAACAUCCCAGUCAAAACCGUCGUUUGGGUUGCGAAUCGAGGCGCCCCGAUCAACGACUCCUCAGGCCAUUUGAUGAUCAACACCACCACAGGGACUCUAGUUCUUCUCAACAAGAACAAGACAGUUUUUUGGUCAUCAAAUUCGACCAAACAGACCCAGAAUAUUAGUCCUGUUGUUCAGUUAUUAGACAAUGGCAAUCUCAUCCUCAGAGACGAGAAAGAAGGAGCCAACGCCGGCAACUAUCUGUGGCAAAGCUUUGACUAUCCGUCGGAUACUUUGUUACCGGGGAUGAAGCUGGGUUGGGACUUGAGAACCAGGCUUAACCGGAAACUAACUGCGUGGAAGAGUCCAGAUGACCCUUCUCCUGGAGACUUCACAUGGGAGUUGCAGCUGCAUAACUACCCUGAGCCAGCUAUGUUCAGAGACGGCAAAGUGUUUCUGCGGAGCGGUCCGUGGAAUGGUGUUUUAUUCAGCGGAAAACCGGCAAAGGCGCUACCGGCUUUGAACUUCAGCUUUGUCAUGGAUGAGAAUGAGGUUUACACGACGAUUGGAAUGGUGAACAAUUCAGCAUUAGAGAGGAUGAUGUUGAAUUUAACGGCUGACUACAACCGCCAGUCGUGGAUUUGGUCUGAAGCAGACCGAAAUUGGACACUCUAUGCAGCAUUUCCUAGGGACCCUUGUGACAGUUAUGGCAAGUGUGGAGGGAAUGGAAACUGUGAGCUUACUGCGUCCCCUUUGUGUCAAUGCUUAGACAGAUUCAAGCCUAGAUCAGUGGAGAAGUGGAGCUUAAACAACUUUUCGCUUGGGUGUAAGCGAAAGACGCCACUGACGUGCAAGAAUGAUGGAUUUGUGACAUAUCCCGGGUUGAAAUUGCCGGAUACAACGCAUACUUGGAUUGAUAAAGCUAUGAAUCUCAAGGAGUGCAGGGCCAAAUGCUUGUCUAAUUGUUCAUGUUCAGCGUACACAAACUUGGAUGUUAGAGGAGGAGGUAGUGGUUGUGCAAUCUGGUUUGAUGAUCUCGUAGACUUGAAGCAGAUUCCAGGUGGUGACCAGGAUAUUUAUAUUAAGAUCUCUGGUGCCGAACUAGGAGGAAAAGAUGAGAAGUGGAAGAUAGGAGUGAUAGUUGCAUCUGCUGUUGUCGUAAUUCUCGCAAUAAUUUUAUUUGGCUAUUGUUACAUUCUCAGACUCAGACACAGGAAAAGAUUCAAAGGUACUCAAAACAACAUUGAAGAGCAGAAGGAAGAAGACCUGGAACUACCAUUGUUCGACUUGUCAACAAUAGAGACUGCUACAAAUAAUUUUUCAAUCAAUAAUAAACUUGGAGAAGGUGGUUUUGGACCUGUGUACAAGGGUACACUAAUAGAUGGAAAAGAAAUUGCAGUGAAGAGGCUUUCAAAAAGUUCUGGACAAGGAAUGAAAGAGUUCAAAAAUGAAGUAAUACUGAUUGCAAAACUUCAGCACCGAAAUCUUGUAAAGCUUCUUGGUUGUUGCAUUCAGGGAAUGGAGAAAUUGCUAAUAUAUGAAUACAUGCCCAAUAAGAGUUUGGAUUCCUUCAUUUUUGAUGAAGUACGAAGAAAAUUGUUAGACUGGCAUAAGCGCUUCAACAUUAUCUGCGGUAUUGCUAGGGGGCUUCUCUAUCUUCAUCAAGAUUCACGAUUGAGGAUUAUACACAGAGAUCUAAAAGCAAGCAAUGUGUUGCUUGAUCGCGAGAUGAACCCCAAAAUCUCAGAUUUUGGUCUUGCUAGAACUUUUGGCGGUGACCAAACUGAAGGAAACACAAACAGAGUUGUUGGAACAUAUGGUUAUAUGGCUCCUGAAUAUGCCAUUGAAGGGCAGUUCUCAGUAAAAUCCGAUGUCUUUAGCUUUGGUAUCUUAAUGCUGGAGAUAAUAAGUGGAAAGAAAAGUAAAGGGUUCUAUCACUUGAACCACAAUCUUAAUCUUAUUGGAAAUGCAUGGAGGUUAUGGAAUGGAGGACGACCAUUAGAACUGAUAGAUGAAGGGUUCGGUGAGUCAUGCAACUUAUCAGAGGUGUUGCGAUGCAUCCAUGUCAGUCUCUUGUGUGUACAACAACAGCCGGAGGACAGGCCGACCAUGUCAGCAGUAGUUCAGAUGUUAUGUAGUGAAAGUGCCUUGCCUCAGCCUAAAGAACCAGGAUUCUUUUCAGAGAAAGAUUUGGUUGAAGGAGGCUUUCCCUUUCUUAACAACGAAACGUCUUCUAAUGGAUUGACCAUUACCCUACUUGAGGCUCUUUGCUUGUCCCUCUCUUUGUUAAAGACCUCAACUUCAGCUGAUUCCAUUCCCAACCAUGCCGGGUAUGAAUUGGGUUUCUUGAAUACACCAAAGGGUGUUCAUACGAGGAGGAGUCUUCUGGCCCCAACUUCAGGAGACUACUGUGACAACAAAGACCUUUGUGGCUCCUAUUCAAUCUGUAUCAUCAGUAGUUCACAGGUUUGCAAUUGUUUGGAAGGGUUUAAGCCUAAAGCACCAGACAAAUAUAACAAUGGGCAAUAUUCAGGGGGUUGUGACCGCACUGAAGCUCUGAACUGCCAAAAUAAAGAUGAUGGGUUUGUGAGAUAUCCUGGGGUAAAGUUGCCUGACCCUACAGAUUCUCGGGUUAACCAAAGUAUGAGUCUCGAGGAAUGCAGGAGAAAUUGCUUGAACAACUGUUCUUGUGUGGCUUAUGCAAGCUCCAAUGUCAAUGGCUGCACUAUCUGGCUUGGUGAUUUAGUCAACAUUAAGAAGCUUUCGAAUGGUGGGGAUGAUCUGUACGUUCGAGUACCUGCGUCAGAAUUAAAGGCAAACCACUCAACCAAGACAAAGAUAGUGGUGAUCGUUGCAUCUGUUGUUGCGGUUGUUAUUGGAAUGCUCUUGGUUGCUUAUUGCAUUCACAGGAGGAGAACAAAGUUCAAAGAGAAAAUGGGAAAGAAUGGGACAGCGAAUCAGAACGAAGACAUGGAGCUACCAAUAUUUAGUUUGUCCACAAUAGUCACUGCCACUGAUAACUUUUCAUUCAACAAGAAACUUGGAGAAGGUGGCUUUGGGCCUGUUUACAAGGGUACUCUAGCGGAUGGUCAAGAAAUUGCUGUGAAGAGACUCUCACGAAGUUCGGGACAAGGACCAACCGAGUUCAAAAAUGAAGUACUUCUAAUAGCCAAACUUCAGCACCGAAAUCUUGUAAGGCUCCUAGGUUGUUGCAUUGAGGGAGAAGAGAGGUUGUUGAUUUAUGAAUACAUGCCCAACAACAGCUUGGACUUCUACCUUUUUGAUGAAAAUCGAGCAAGAUUAUUGGCUUGGCCUCAACGCUUUCACAUCAUCUGUGGGAUAGCCAGGGGUCUUCUUUAUCUGCAUCAAGAUUCCAGAUUGAGGAUUAUUCAUAGAGAUCUUAAAGCAAGUAAUGUUUUGCUCGAUAAGGAGAUGAACCCAAAAAUCUCAGACUUUGGUAUGGCUAGAACUUUUGGAGGAGAUGAGACUGAAGGAGUUACAAGAAGAGUUGUUGGGACCUAUGGUUAUAUGGCACCAGAAUAUGCAAUUGAUGGUCUAUUCUCUGUAAAAUCCGACGUUUUUAGUUUUGGCAUUUUAUUGUUGGAAACUUUAAGCGGGAAGAGAAGUAGAGGAUUUUAUGACCCUGUUGAUAACCUUAACCUCAUUGGACAUGCAUGGAAACUGUGGAAAGAAGGAAGAUCUUUGGAGUUAAUUGAUGAAUGCUUAAUGUACUCCUGCGAUCUAUCAGAAAUCUUGGGUUGCUUCCAUAUUAGUCUUUUAUGUGUGCAAGAGCUUCCUGAGGACAGGCCAAAUAUUUCAACUGUGGUUCUCAUGUUAGGUGGUGGUUCUGCCUUGCCUCAGCCCAAAAAACCAGGUUUCUUUGUUAGAAAAAGUUCAUCUGAAGCAGAUUCGUCUUCAUAUAAGAAUGAAACAUGUUCAACUAACAAUGAAACUUCUUCAAGUAAGAAUCAUACAUAUUCAAACUAUGACUCUACUAUAACAGUAUUGGAGGGUCGAUAA